GCCACGACACCUACACAGCAGAUUGUCAACAAAACGUGUCGGGGACCUAAGGUCGACUUUCCCCAAACUCCGACUAAAUGGACUUAAUAUAGAGAAUGGUGACAUAGCACACAGACUCACAGAACAUUGUUUUUCGAGAACGCAGGGAAUAUGGAUGUCUCUACGGCUUGUGAUAUUUCCUCGCAAAAUAAGCCCAGGAAAAGGUCUUGUCUUGAAAGACUCAGCAACGGAUUUAUAAGUCUGUUGGAAAGAGCGUUUUACAGACUGGGCUAUGUGGUGGCCAGCCACCCGUACCUGACAAUCUGUCAGUGUGUCCUGAUAUGUGGCCUGUGUGCUAUAGGGAUGAAGGAUUUCAAAGAGACAAAUGCAGCAGAGAAGCUCUGGGUACCAGCAACAUCUCGAAUUCAGGAUGAGAAGCGUUGGGUGAUGAAGAAUUUUCCACCAUUCACUCGAUAUGCUUCAGUGAUCCUCACGGCCGACAACGUCCUCUCACCUGCGUCACUCAGAGCGAUGAUGGCUUUCUACAAAUCGGCUAAUACACUAGAAAGUGGUCCUCACUAUCUACAAACUAUGUGCUUUCGCGUGGGUCCAGUCUGCCAUGUAACCAGUAUCCUAGAACUUUGGUUCUAUAACGAAGAACUCAUCAACUCCCUGACACAGGAUGACAUCAUUCAGAAAAUCAACAACGUCACCAUGAGUCCCAUGUAUCACAGUAAGCUUCACCUGGGCUCCCUGUUAGGCCAGAUGUGGCGCGACUCAUCCGGCCAGAUUGUGGGAGCCAAAGCUGCCUCCAUGUUAUUUCUUCUAUACGAUAAACCUGAGUGGAAGAAGCCUGCUAUGGAUUGGGAACUCAAAAUGGUCAAUCUGGCAAAAUCAGGUCACAGUGACCUAACAGAUAUCUUUAUCUACACAACAAGAAGUUUUGAUGAUGAAGGUUAUGGAGCUGUGAAUGCCGAUGUGAAUCUACUGUCCACGGGAUUCUCUCUCGUGAUGGUCUACCUCAUCCUUACUCUGGGCAGAUUUAACCUUGUCCAUCAGAAGUUCUACCUGUCCAUAGCCGGUCUGCUGAGUGUUGGACUGGCUAUAGGGUUUGCCUAUGGUUUGGCUAUCACCUGUGGAGUCCUGUAUGGCCCUGUCCAUGCUCUUAUGCCUUUCCUCCUGCUGGGUAUUGGUGUUGACGACAUGUUCGUGAUCGUAGAGGCCUGGAAAAACUUGACCCCAAAGGAAUUGAAGCUCCCUCUGGUGGACCGCAUGGCGCUGUCUCUCAAACAUGCUGGUGUGUCUAUCACAGUCACAUCUAUCACUGAUGUUGUGGCGUUUGCUAUCGGGGCUUCAACGGUAAUUCCCGGCCUGAGUGGAUUCUGUAUCUAUGCCGCCCUGGGGAUUCUGGCUCUGUAUGGCCUCCAGGCAACGUUCUUUGUGGCUUGUCUGACCUUGGACCAGAGGAAGGUCGAGGCUACACGAGAUGGUUGUAUACCCUGCUAUGUACAUAAAAACUAUACCCCCAAUUCCUUCAGCCAGUGGAACAUCAUGACUACUGCCUUUGAAAAAUACGUAGGACCCAAUCUGAUGAAAUUUCCCAUCAAAGUGCUGGUGUUACUAGUCACGUCUGCUCUACUUGGAGUCAAUGUCUGGGGAUUCUACCAUCUGAAACAGGACUUCAGUCUGACGAUGUACAUUCCAUCAGAUUCAUACGCCCACAAGUAUGCCAUGGCUAGAGAAAAAUACUUCCCGUCGGAUGGCCUUGACACUGCUGUAUACUGCAAAGACUUUGAGUACCACAAAAGCCGAGAUUUAAUGGAGAAAAUGUACAGUAACAUUGUUGAGGACCCGUACAUCGUCAAUGGUUCUGUCGUGUUCUGGUUCUCCGCCUUCAAUGACUGGUUUGACAGGAUGAGGGAUGACCCCUCCGUGGCCCCGUCCAUGUAUGGAGAUGUGAAGUACCCAUACUCUAAAGCUUGGUUUGCCCUGCUGGUACACCGAUUUCUCUACCAUACCCCUCAGGGCCAGGCGUACCGACAGUUCAUCAAAUUUGAGAAUGCCUCAUCAACUGGUAACCCAAUCAUCCGAGGGACGUACUUCAAACUUCGACACACCUAUCAGCCAGAUUCUAAGUCAGAAAUCAUCGCUAUGGAGCAUCUGAGACACAUUAUAGAUAAUUCUGGCCUUCCUGGAGGUGGAUGCUUUGCUUACACUGACGUUUACCUCACAUACGAAACAAAUAAGAUACUACAGCGGGAAUUGUACCGGAAUCUACUGCUUGCUGUCAUCUGCGUCUUUACUGUAACACUGCUGUUGAUAGCAAACUUUCGCACCAGUCUCAUCGUUUUCACAUGUGUCAUCUUCACCUUGGUGGAUGUGGCUGGCACACUACACUUCUGGGGCGUUACCAUAGACACAGCCAGCAGUAUCCUACUCACCCUGUCAGUCGGUCUGGCUGUGGACUACUCCGCACACAUUGGUCACAUGUUCAUGACAGUCCAAGGAACCCGACCAGAGAGAGUUGUGGAGACACUGAAGAAGAUUGGCCCAGCGGUGUUCAGCGGUGGAUUUAGUACUUUUCUAGCCUUCCUACUCUUGUGUAACAGUUACAGCUAUGGUUUCUCGCUGUUUUUCAGAGUGUUUUUCACAGUUGUGCUAUUUGGGCUGUUCCAUGGACUUAUCUACCUCCCUGUGGUCUUGAGCUGGAUUGGACCAGAACCAUAUGACACCCAUCUCACGACGGAAGACAGAGCAAAUAUAUACAUCCCACAGUGUAAAUGUAACAGCCAAGGGGAGAGCAAUCAUCUCGAGCCAUCAACACAGAAAUUGAUUCGUGACUCCAAUACAAGGGAGUCUACAGAUCAGGAAGCUCUGUGGGUUCCACAAGAAGACCUGGCUCUGGUAGACAAGAAGGAGCAAGAUCUGACCACAGUGGACACGGCCAAUGCUCCUCUUCUAAACGACAGCUCGAAGGACAUGACAACCCAACAGGACCAUCCAUCAUCUCAGAUACCAUUUACCUCUAUACAACCAUCACACAACAUCACCACACAUACCAGCCCUCUUCAACAGGAAAAGCAAGAACUCAUCAACGGAGAUACAUGUCCUCUCCUACAGGAAAGGAGGACGGACAUAAUCCCGACAAGUUCAGGAGAGAAGGAAAAGAAGAUGACCAGCAUGGUUUCCCCUUGGAUAGUGAAGGGUUCAGAGAUCACCUUAGCACCCUCAAUGGAUGUCACAGGCAGCCGCAACAAAACAGAUACGUCACGGGGCAGUCCUACUGGACCAACCCAAACAGUACCACACCCCACACCAGUAACACAGGAAUUAAGCACAGUGCCAUCCAAACCUCCAACAAUAAAGACCAACAGACAACCUCCUCAUACAGUCACAGUAGCACAAAACCUGCAGCUGGAUCACACGCGGACUCCUCCCAGUACUGUCAGCAAAGCAACCUCAGAUGCCACAACACCAGACUCGGGCAUCCACAAUGGACUGGACAUUCCAGCAGUAAAGACAGAGAUGCUGAAUUCUCCAUGGAUAGUGGAUGGAUCACAGCUCAUCCUUGUCCCAGGAUGGGGUGCCUCAACAGACCCAUCCACGAAAAACAAAAAGCACCAAGAGAGCAUGACUGGGCAGAGGAAACAAACAUCCAGUGUGAUGGACUCCACGCGGAAAUCUUUGUCUGAAGCCGAUCGGUGACAUCAGGUUAUAAAGGGAUAAGAAAAUAAGGUUUGUCUAGAAAACUAUUAGACCUCUUCUUCAACCAGGCAGACAAUUCAAAACAAACAGUUUUGCUUGGUGUAUGGCUCAGGGAGAGAAAGCUUGUUGAUUAAAAGAACUUUCUUCUAGGCCUAUAGCAUUGAAGAUAACUGUCAGGAUGAGUCCAGGGAAAGGAUAACUUGACCAAAUACCCUUUACCAUGGUCCAAGGGUAAUUGGUUAAAGUCAAAUUAUCUUUAUACUGGGGAUCCUUACCCCUGGUAGUCUGUGAUGAAGUCAGCGAGUGGAACAGGGCUGGUCCCCUUCUGCAGGGCUUCAGGGUACAAGUUGUCAGUGUAUGUAGCAGGUCCACAUUCCUGAGGAUUCUAGUCUAAACCUUACCUCAUUAUUGGCUAACCUGCAUGAAGGGCAAGUGAGCUUAAGCCAUGGUGUGGCGUCCAACGUCAAUUUUUCAUUUAAACAACUUCUUCUUAAUAACCAUGAGGCACAGAGACCAGAUAUUGUGGAAUGCUGUAGAACCAGGUGAGCAGUACAGGCCCACUUGGCCUAUUACUGUAUACAACUCCCAAACAUACAUGCAUUUACAAAACUGACAUUGGUUCACAUUGAUUCUACAACUUUGCAGAAUCCACAGCACUUUAUUGUUUUAAUGACAGGGUAUACUGUUUAACUAACCAAUCCUAGUGCUUAUUGGGUAACAUGUUAACUUAUUGGUGUAAAUGUGACCAAUCAUUGGACUUAUUUAAGGGUACAUGUUAUUAGAUUGGUUGAAACUUUCAACAAUCAUACUGCUUAUUGGAAUACAUGUUGACUUAUUGCUUGAAAUGUGACCCAUCAUAGGACAUAUUUAAGGGUACAUGGUAUUUGAUUGAUUGAAAGUUGACCAAUCAUAGUGCUUAUUUGGUACAUGUUUUCUGAUUGGCUGAAAUACGACAAGUCAAAUGCCUAAUUGGAGUACAUCUUAUUUGAUUGGUUGUAAUGUUACCAAUCAUAGUGCUUAUAUGUACAUUGUAUGGGUACAUGAUAUCUUUUUGGUUGAAAUUUGACCAAUCAGUGCAUGUUAUCAUUAUGAAUUAAUAUUGUUGGUAUAUUUAUCAAAGGGUUGGUAGAUAUUGUAUUGUAUUGGAGGCAAUUAUCUUGUUUGAUAUCUUGUUAACAGCAAAUAUUGUGUAUUCAACUUAAUGAAGCUAAGAUCAACUCCCAAAGGACAUAAUAUACAUGGUUGCUUGUUAGAAAUGAAGAUUAAAACAAUAAUUUUUUUCCCUAUGUUACAAUAAUUUUAUACAAGACAUGGUGUUAUAAAGAAACAAAUCUUAGUAUGGCAUUGGAGGCUUUAUCAUGUUUAUUUAUAUGAUUAAGAUUGUCGUCACCAAGAAAACUACCUUUUCAGCAAUAAGCUCAAAUUCUAAACACUGUUAUUUAUUGCUCUGCAAUAAGCCAACUCCCUACAUUUAGUCAAAGUUUAGUGUUGCUCCCCCGGCUGUGAUAUGGAAAUACAUUCAUGUUGAAAUCCACCUCUAUACCCACAUGUGUGUAUUUGGUCCUAGAUCAAAUCUCCAAGAUUUAUAACAGUUGUCUGUCAAAUAAUGCUCAUUUUUCUUGUGACAUUUUGUACAACUGACCUAUACUCUAAUUGUAACUGUCUCUUGGUCACAUAUUUAUUUUUAUAUACAUAACAUGUAUGUUGUUGUGUUUUGUCUCUAUGUAAAUGUUUAAAUACUAAAAUGAUAAGUACUUAUUUUGGAAGUUUGGUAUAUAAAAUUAUGAUAAUCACUCAUUAUCUAUAUACUAGCUGGAACCUCAAAAAUUGCUGUCAUCAGUAGAAUGAAUUUAUUCAUGUAAAUAAAUAAAUU